AUGACUAAGCGCGAUACUCAAGACUAUGACGUCCCUAUGGUGGAAGUCAAGCGGCAAGCUAAGCUCAAGUGGAAUGUACAGUCGUCAGACUUCGCAAGUCUCUGUUCGAAUCCAAUUAGGAAAAUCGUGGAUAAUAUCAAGAAACCCAAAACAUCAAUCAAGACUUUAAUUCCAUUAUCUCUAGGUGAUCCGACGGUGUUUGGCAACUUGCAUUGUCCAGAUGUCUUGGUGCAAGCAAUCAUCCGUAACGCUCGUUCAAUGCGUCACAACGGCUAUAUCCACUCGGCUGGCUCUGAAGCAGCUCGAAUAUCUAUUGCGCAACACUUUGGAAACAUACGAGCACCCUUGACAAUGGACGACAUCAUUAUUACUAGCGGGUGCUCAGGAGCAAUUGAGAUAGCCCUACGUGGUCUGCUGAAUCCAGGUGACAAUAUCCUUCUUCCUAAGCCGGGUUUUCCAUUGUACCAAGCGCUUUGCGAAGCACACAAAAUUGAAUGCAGAUUUUACAACCUUACGCCGGAAUGCAGCUGGGAGGUUGACCUUGAGCACAUGCAGUCAUUGAUCAAUGAUAGAACGAAAGCGAUUUUGGUCAAUAACCCCUCGAAUCCGUGUGGCAGCGUUUACUCAAAGCUUCAUUUGAACGAUAUCCUUGAUUUGGCGGAAUUGAAUAAGAUCCCAAUCAUAGCGGACGAGAUCUAUGGUGACAUGGUGUUUGGAAGUGACGUAUUUUACCCCAUGGCUUCAUUGACAAAUACAGUUCCAGUAGUUGCCGUGGGCGGCUUGGCGAAGCAGUUUCUAGUUCCCGGAUGGCGGGUUGGGUGGAUCAUGGUGCACGAUCGUAACGAAAUUCUGAAAGGUGUUCGCUCUGCUUACUUCAAACUAUCACAAAACAUUCUUGGCGCAAAUUCUCUAGUCCAGAGCACAAUACCCGAUUUGCUGACACCAGUUCCCGGAAGUGUCGAAGAAGAGUCUCUGACGGAUUUUAGAAAGCGAUAUUUCACGACUUUGGAAGACAACGCUAGGUUUACCAUCAAUACUCUAGCCACGAUCCUGGGGCUAGAAGUCGUGGUCCCACAGGGUGCAAUGUAUGCAAUGGUAAGGAUACACAUGAAAGUUCUCACAAAGAUUCGAGAUGAUCUGGAUUUCACCCAGAAGCUUUUGGAUGAAGAGUCUGUAUUCGUACUGCCCGGUCAGUGCUUUGGACUAGCCGACUACUUUCGCAUCGUAUUUUCAGCGCCGCAUAACGUGCUUGCGGAAGCUUACACGCGCUUGGCGGAGUUCUGCUACCGUCACCAGUAA